AUGUUGGACGCAGAAGACGACAGCUUUCACGUCACACGUGAAAGCUACUCCCACCUGAGUGACUCAGAAUGGGAGUUAGUCGACCGCAUGAGUAUGCUCAUGGGCGAACCCGCCAUAAGUGGAAUGUUGGAGUAUCUAAGCAGAGACCAGCAACAUACAGCUAUCAACAAGUUCCUACAAGGGGAACAUGCCGUCGAAAGACAGAAGGUAGCCUUGCUGCAACAACAAGGCUCUCAUCAGUCAAUGGGCGGGCCGACGCACAUGCGUCGAACCAAAACCUUGAAGAUUGAUAUCUCAAGAUACAAGGGAACCGAUGGAGGUUCCCUUUUGAGAUGGUUCGUCGAGUUAGACGAUGCCAUCAGGCUAAACGACCCAAACGUGUUUGAGCUGUUGGAAAUCUUGAAGUAUCGGCUCAAAGAGACGUUUGAGCCGCCGAGAGCCGAGUCCAGAGCACGCUCUGCACUCUUGAGGCUAAAGCAAGGAAAGCGUGACGUGCACGCUUACGCACAGCACCUGCGCUGCCUUACAAGUAGCGUUACGGAGAACACUGUUGAUGAGCACACGCUCAUCAACGUGUUCACCUACGGCCUUGUGGAUGGGCCGGUGAAGACCUACAUGUUCCGAGAGGAUUUCCAUACGCUGGAAAGGGCGACAGCGUAUGCGAGACAAGAAGACUUCAGCCUGAGACAGUCUUAG